AUUACAAAUUUAUAAUAUUCAUACACGAGAUGUAGUCGUUUCUAUGGGACUACUAUUGAGAAAUACGACCCAUUGAUGUAUUGGUUGUAAAAGUCGAAUGAACUCUAACUCGGUAGCAAAUCUAGUGAACAAAUCCACAAGAACUUAUGGGAGUUAGUAGUUUGUCUCUUAGUUGCUGUGAAGGACUCUAAUUGUUGACACAAGAUUAUAUAGGAAACUACAAAAUUGCAGUAGUGAGGAAGAAGAGCAGGUGUGCCUAAUCUACUCGAUUAGGCGAAACAUGUUACAGUCAGCAAAAAAAAUAUUAGUUGAAGUUUCUAACCCACCCACAUAUUCACAAUAUAAGCAAACACUGCAAACCUAUUUACGUUGCAUCUGCUAGUAGAGAAGCAAGUUAUGGCAACCUUCAACAAGAAGCAGGUAAGGGUACCACCUUCAGUACCAUUUCUUUGGGAAGAAAGGCCAGGAAUACCAAAAAAAGACUGGAAACCAACGGUUUCUUCAAACAGUGCAGCUCCAACCCCUCCAGUCAAGCUUAUUGCAUCGGUCCCAUUCAUAUGGGAAGAAAAGCCCGGAACCCCACUACCGUAUUUCGCGGAAUCGUCAUCAGAAUCAGCAAUGCCUAAACCCAUGAUGCUCAUCACUUACCCAUCACCUCCAAUAUGCUCCCAGCACAAUGAUCAUGGCGCCGAAGAUUACAGUGAUGGCAGUAAUGGAAAUGAUGAUGGAGAAGAUGAUAUACAAAGUGUGUUCAAACUGGACAUGGAAGCAUUUGAUUUUGAAACAGAUGAUUCAUUUAGCUCGGCUCCUUCUCUCCUAGCAAACUGUCUUGUUUCAUCAUUGGCAAUUUCCACUGCUGUUCCAGCGCCAGAAGAUAAGAGUGAUCAGACAGAGACAGACACACCUUCCUCACCAUUGUCAGAAGCAGGCAGCAGUACAAGCAGUUAUGCAACUGGAGCUUCGAGCCUGGUGGGUGGUGCUUUUUUGGAAUGCCUUUUUCCACUGCUUCCUGCCAAAGCUGGAUUCCUUGAAAAGGUUGGCCAAUCAGACAACCACACUCUAACUCCACAAGGAUCAAAGACUAAAUACUUUGAUCGUGAAUUUAAUGGUAGCGUCAUUCUGAGGCCAAGAACACUCGGAGAGCUGAUGCUGAUGAGCCGAAAGAGUAGUUACAGGAGGAAAGCUGUUCAAAUGAGGAAACAGAAUCUAUCAAAGGAACUCAUGAUGAAGAAUGCUUACGGAUGCUGCAUCUUUGGAACUGGCAGCAGGAUGAUAGAAGGAUUACAUAGCAAGAGGAAGAACUUACUUAGACUUCUGAUGUGAAGAAGUAGCGCUGCUUAAAAGAUUAAACAA